AUGAUGUUGGAGGCAAGGGAAAGUAUAGAACAGGAAAUCUGGUGGGAGCCAAAGAUUGGAAGUUCAAACAUUUGGUUUGACAAUUGGACUAAGCUAGGUGCUCUUAAUUAUGUGGUUCCCCAGUCCUGGCAAAUCAAUGAGCAGGUUGAAGAUGUUUCAGAACUUAUGACAGAUGGAAAAUGGAAUAUCAGCAAACUAAUGCAGCUGUUUCCUGAGGAUAUUGUGCAGCAUAUAAUUCAGGAAAUUGACAUUAAGUAUACAUCAAAUGAAUGGGAUAUAACUUGGUGGAUGAUGACAAGCACAAGCAAGUUUACAGUAAGUAGUGCAUGGCAAUUACGGAGACAAAAAGCUAAUGUGAUAGUGCCAUUUCAGAAUAUGUGGAUUAAAGGGGUGCCUUUUAAAAUUUCAUUCUUCAUGUGGAGGUUGUGGAAGUUUAAAGUCCCAAUUGAUGAAGUGGUGGCAAGUAUUGGUAUUCCAUUAGUCUCAAAGUGUUGCUGUUGUCAAAAUGAUCAAAUAGAGACUAUAAAUUAUAUGUUUCUAUGUGGGGAAUUGGCUACAAAGGUCUGGAGAUACUUCAAUAUGGGGGCAGGACUGAGCAUGAACUGUGUUCAGUUCCCUGGAAUGAACAUUCCAACUAUAUGGCACCAGAUGGUUCAAUUCUUUGAAGGAUAUAAGCCUACUGUCAUUUGUAGAAUUAUUGAAUGGAGGAGACCCGCACCUGGAAUUUACAAGUGCAAUACAGAUGGAGUUGCUAAAGGAAAUCCAGGUCCAAGUUCUGCUGCCUUUUGUAUAAGAAAUGAAAAGGGAGAUCUGGUGUAUGCAGCUGCAAAAACUUUGGCAUAUGGAACAAAUAUUGUGGCUGAGGCUAUUAGAAUGGGACUGAGGCACUGUGUGGUAAAACAACUUUUUCCAGUGAUCAUAGAGACAGAUUCCAUGACCAUGAAGAUGAUUCUAAAUGAUGAAUGGAAGGUUCCUUGGAGAUCAGUUCAGUUUCAUAACUUUCAGGAAUUACAAAGUCAAGCUAAGAGGAUUUUGAAUUUGGAGAAGAGAGGAAUUCCAAACUUGAGAAUAAGAACCAUUCAAGAUAAAGCACCAGAUUGA